AUGGCCGAGGAAGCCUUCACCAGGCUGGGACGUGCAAGUUACCAGCCUCAUGCCACCGUGUUGCCGGAGAGCGACCCACACGAGCGGCCCAGGUGUUACUUCGACGCGGGCUACAGACAACACACGGGAGAAGCGACAUACGGAGUUGUGCUACUCAAUCACGAAGGUGUUUUUAUGGCAGCCACGGCAGGAACGUUACCUGGUGCUUUUUCACCUAUUAUGGCAGAAGCUCUAGCCUGCAAGGAAGCUCUAUCAUGGCUUAAAGGGCGCGAUACACAGAUGGUUGAUCUACUCACAGAUUGUAUGGAGUUGCGAAACAUGAUAACAUCAAGAGGUACCGGAACUCGAUCUUAUGUUGGGGUCAUUGUGGACCGGUGCAGGACAACUAUGUCAUUAUUUACUUCUUGUUCUUUACAUUAUAUUUCCAGAGCUGUUAAUAUGCAUGCUCAUACACUAGCUUCGUUAGCUUUCGAUCAGGACCAUCCUAUGUACUGGGAUGAAAAGGUUCGGACGGAUAUUUGGAUGCUGAAGGUGCCAAGCAAAUUUAAGCUUCUUCUUUGGACUAUGAAUCAUGAGAGGAUCCUGGGCAAUGCAGAAUGA